UUUAAUUGAUGCACUUAUUGUGACUGGAUUUCUCUGAUUAUUUUAGUUGUUUGCUCUUCUGUCUUACUGGAUACAUGUGGGCGUAGUUAAAAAACAGAUCAGAAAUGCAGUGCAACGUGCUAAUCGUUUUAAGAAAGGAUUCUUUUUUAAGCUAUUUAAGGGCAUUAACAGAUAACUCCUGUAAAAACUAGAGACUAGAAUCUGGAGAAAAUUAUAAAAACUUUCUUACCAGAUCUUUUACUUAUUUCUUUCUACUAACAAUCAUGGCAGCUCGAGCAAUUUCGUCGCUUCUUUUCCGAUCCCCCUCAAGGAUUAGUACUUCGAUUCCGUCGCCUUUGAAAGCAGGGAAAAAUGUCAGCUUGGGAAGAGUUGUAAGUCGAUAUAGUACUUCUGCUGCACUUGAAGAACCAAUUACAGCACCAGUUAAAGUAAACUACACAAAACUCUUUAUCAACGGGGAGUUUGUGAAUUCUGCUUCAGGAAAAACUUUUCCGACUCUCGACCCAAGGACAGGGAAUGUUAUCGCUCAUGUUGCUGAAGGUGAUGCUGAAGAUAUCAAUCGGGCGGUUGCUGCUGCUCGCAAGGCUUUUGACGAGGGCCCAUGGCCAAAAAUGACAGCUUAUGAAAGGUCAAGGGUACUUUUGCGCUUUGCGGAUUUGAUUGAUAAACAUACUGAUGAACUUGCAGCACUUGAGACGUGGGACAAUGGAAAGACUUAUGAACAGGCAGCUCAAAUUGAACUACCAAUGAUCUCACGCAUAAUUAGAUAUUAUGCCGGGUGGGCGGAUAAGAUUCAUGGUCUCACAGUUCAGGCUGAUGGUCCGUACCAUGUGCAAACCUUACAUGAGCCGAUUGGAGUUGCUGGACAAAUUAUUCCAUGGAAUUUUCCACUUCUCAUGUUUGCGUGGAAGGUUGGACCCGCUUUAGCUACUGGUAACAGUAUUGUCUUAAAGACAGCAGAACAAACACCGUUGUCUGCUCUAUAUGCGGCGAAGUUGCUCCAUGAAGCCGGCCUUCCUGAGGGAGUUCUCAAUGUAGUUUCUGGAUAUGGCCCAACGGCUGGUGCAGCACUUGCUAGUCAUAUGGAUGUUGACAAGCUUGCUUUCACAGGAUCAACUGAAACUGGCAAGAUUGUUUCUGAACUGGCUGGUAGAAGCAACCUUAAGCCAGUGACUCUGGAGCUUGGAGGGAAAUCUCCAUUCAUUGUGUGUGAAGAUGCCGACAUUGACAAGGCUGUGGAAGCUGCCCACUUUGCUCUGUUCUUUAACCAGGGACAAUGCUGCUGUGCUGGGUCUCGUACUUUUGCACAUGAAAAAGUUUAUGACGAAUUCGUAGAGAAAUCAAAGGCACGUGCUAUGAAACGUGUUGUUGGUGAUCCCUUCCAGAGUGGUGUCGAACAGGGUCCUCAGAUUGAUUUAGAGCAAUUUGAGAAGGUUAUGAAUUACAUAAAAUCUGGUGUUGAAAGUGGUGCUACCGUUGAAACUGGCGGUGCUAGAUUUGGCGACAAGGGUUACUAUAUUCAGCCUACUGUCUUCUCAAAUGUCCAGGAUCACAUGUUGAUCGCCAAGGAUGAGAUCUUUGGACCCGUGCAGAGCAUCUUGAAAUUCAAAGAUCUUAGCGAGGUGAUCAGAAGAUCGAACGCAACAACUUACGGUUUGGCUGCAGGAGUUUUCACCCAGAACAUAGACACAGCAAACACCCUGACGCGUGCACUGAGAGCAGGAACUGUGUGGAUUAAUUGCUUCGAUGUUUUUGAUGCAGCAAUUCCUUUUGGGGGUUACAAGAUGAGUGGGCAUGGCAGAGAGAAGGGAGUUUACAGUCUUGAUAACUAUUUGCAAGUGAAAGCUGUGGUUACUUCUUUGAACAACCCAGCUUGGUUAUAACCUUGAUGAGCAUUAAUAAACAAUAAGGUGAACCAGGGAUGUAGUUCAGUGAAGAAGUUCGAAUUAGAUUAUUUUGACACUCAUGGUAGUAAAGAUGCAGAAAUUUAAGAUGCUGGAGUUUAAGAGAUGGACGGCUCAAGAUGAAACUUAUGGUUUAGUUAUAUAAGCUGGGUUUUGUGUUUUCCCUUUUAAUAAUUCAAUUUCAAAAAUUGGGUUUGAAAUCGAAAUUCGAAAUUGGAAUUGGAGAUGCUGGCUGAGAAAGGUGGUGCUGAUUGCGGUAGUGGUGGUGGUAAAUUGAUUAAACAGAGUAGGUUAGGAUAGAAUAGAAUUUUGAUUGUGUUUUUUGUAUGAUGAUUUGGUGGCGGUGGUUAAGGUGGUGUUGCCGGUGGUAGGAAAUGUUCUUUUUAAAGAAAUUGAAACAGGUCUCGAUAACUUUUAUGUUUUUUCCACGUAAU